CCCAAUCAACCACGUGGUUCGAAGACGGACAGACGGGUAAUCCUGGUAGCUCAUAUGUAUGGUGUUGGUUGGUUAGAGUUUUGGUUCAUUUGGGUUCUGGACCUCUGGCCUGCGGUGGCUUAGUUGGUUGUUAGAGUUUUGGCCUGCUGCUCUGCUCUGAUGGCUCCCCUUGUUUUGCUGCUUAGUUUUCUGCUCAGCGCUCUCACCUCUAGUGUUUGUUUUGGUUUGGUUUGGGCUGGCGUCUUUCUCCAUUAGUUAAGCUUGUUAACUUUCCCGAUCUAUUAUUUGGUUUGGGCCUAGCUGCUGUUGGCGUCUUUCUCCAUUAAAAUACCACAAAAAGAAAAAAGUCAUUAGCCAUUAACUAAAGACUACAAGGGUACUACAGGUUUUUCACGUGCUCACCUGCACUCCUCUGAAAAAGCUCGCAUGUACGUACCACUGCAGUGCAGUACACCAACAUAAUGCGCGCAAAACGCGCGAAUAACUCACCGGCGGCAUCUUCUCUUUCUCUCUGGCGAAACCCUAACUACGAGCUCACCCUCUUCAUCUGCAAGCCGUUCUCUCGCUUGCUCUUGUCACAUAAAGGCUGAAGGUGUUUUGCCUCUGGUUCAUAUGGAAGGACAGAGUAGCCUCACCGACCCGAUGCAAUUGGUGCCGUUGGAUUUUUGUGGGGAUGCUGCCAUUGAUGUCUCUCAGGCAACUGGAGAUGAUCCAAGCCAACAAGUUAUCAUGGCAGCUGAAGGGACUGCAUACCAAACUGAUGAUCUUUUUUCACCUUGGUGGACUGAAAAACCAAAGCCAUCUCUCGAUUCUCUCAAUUAUGUUGAGUUUCAAGCAGAAAGUUCAACAUUUCUCCCCAAGGAUCGUAGUGAAGAUAUAUUAGAAAGCAUUCCUUUAUCUGUUUCUGGCAUAGAUGAUGUUGGUGGGGUCUCUGAAUUUCAAAGAGAGGUGUUGUACAGCAGUCUGCGAAAUGCUUGCGGUUCUAAACUAACUGAUUUCUCUAUGGACAUGGACGAAUGGAAGCAGGUGAGAUGUCUGAGGCCAGUGAAUGACGAACUUGUGAAUGCACAACAUCAACUUCACGCCAAGUAUCAUACUUCAAGGACAGAUAAUUUAUGUGGGGAUAAAAAGGAUAGUGUUUCUCAAGUUGAUCCAAGAGCAAGAAGUGCUUUACCUGAUUUUCAUUCCCAACCACAUUGCCACAUUUCGACACAGAGAGCUGCAGUAACUGAUCGCACUCGCAGGAUGCGAAUUGCUGAAAGACUUGAUGCAUUGCGAGAACUGCUUCCAAUAUCCACAGAGGGUGGUCAGGCAUUUGUAGUGGAUGAUGUAAUUGACCAUAUCAAGUUUUUGCAGCUUCAAAUAAAGGAUUUAUGUAGAAGCAGAUUGGGAGGUGAAACAAUUACUGAACCUAUCAUUUUCCGCGAGGGAUAUGGUCACUACUUUUGCCACCAGAAUAUGCUAAAUGAACCUCUUGAAGAGAUGAUGGGAAAAUUGCUGGAGACAAAUCCAAUGGCAGCAAGUCAGCUGUUGGAGAACAAGGAUCUUUUGCUGCUGCCAAUGGAUUACUCUGAACCAUUAGCUUGAGUUAAUUAGAUAGAUAUACUUGGUCACAUAUCCAUAAAUAUCAUGCUUAAUUGUUGUUAACUAUUAACUUUUGUUCAUGGUUUCUCACUAGAUAGUUACUUUGGGUGAUCAAGCUCAGUGAUCUGGUUGGUUCUUCAGAGUGUCUCGUCUUCGAUGGUCAACACGUUUAAUUAUUAAUUUAUUAGUGCAAGAAAGCUAUGUAUUUCUCAGAACUAAAUUGACUUUUUUGCUUUCUUUUUCUCUUGUGGUAGAUAUGCUGAACUGAAAGGCACAUUAUUGAAUUUGAAAACAAUCAUUUCUAUGUUCAAUUAAUUGUUACUA